AUGGAAGGCACGCAUACUAUCCUUCAAUUGCACAAACCAAUUAUGGAACUUUGUUACAUCAGCUUCUAUCUUCCAGAGGGAAAAGUCAGAGGAUUUACUUACAAGGGCUGUGUAACUCUGGAUAGAACCAGUAAACGUUUCUGUAGCUGCUAUAAAGUAAGGGAAAGGUUAGAGAUGGAGCUGAGAGAACGGCCGUAUGAAAACUCUGGAGAUAUUAUUUUCGUGCAAACUACCACUAAAGACAUUCUCAUUGAACUGUACAAACUAACUGCUGAAAAGGAAAAAUUGUUAUCCAGUCUUUUGAGAUCACAUCAUAUUCUGGGCCUUAACACAGGACAUCAGGAGGGAAAGCAACAGGAUGUUUCUGGACUCCUGAAACUUAAAGGAGAUGAUUACUGCAGUUCUAUACAUCAGCAGGAGUUCUUUCUGGAUUCCACGAAUAGAGGCAAUUUGAAUCACAAAAAGAUGAGGAAAUACAGAAGGAAAGAGAGCUUUGAGGAGUUCAGACACCGGAAAGGGGGAAAAAAAGUAUAUGAACAACAUCUUUCUUCACUGAGUGCGCAAGACAUGAAACUGGAAAAUAAGAAGAUGCUCCCCACAAGAUUUCCUAGCAGGAUUUUUCCCAGUUCCUUUUCUGCCUCCAGUUGGCUAAGAGUAAAAGGUAAGGAUGAUUUACUGGUAGACAAAAGUAUACGACCAGAAAGGUGGAUAGAAGAGGGGUAUUUUCUUGAGAGCAACAAAGCUGUGAAACUGGAUGCUGACUUACCAAGUUCUAGCUCAAAAGAAAACAAUGACAUGGUCACAGCUGAACUAGUGGAUAAUGGAGAAUGCAUUCCUGAAGUUACGAAGGUACAACAGAGUAUCACUUUGCUAAAGUCAUCUCAGGACAGUCGAUCUAACAAACUUGAGACAUUAAGUAAAUCUGCAGCUGCUAAAAGCUUGAAAAGUAGCAAGUAUACUGAGCCAGUAUGCAAGGAGAAACCAGGAAUCACAGUUGUUGCUGAAGUACAGGAUUCAGAAGCUUGUAUUAAAAAAGUUGCCAAGCCCCCUGCAGAGUCUUUACCUGAUUUUCACAGAGAUAAAGAAACCAUUUCUCCUGUUCUCACAACAGUACAUAAUGAGUUUAUAUCAAGAACUGGUGUAUACUCCAUAGAUGAAGCUGCUGGAGACUCUAAAAACACUGUGCUGCAGGAAAAGGAGCAAGACGGCUCUGGUUUGCAGUACAAAGCAGAGAGAGUGCACAUUACCGAUGAGUCAUGCAACCUUGUGGGAGCAGUCAAUAAAGCUCUUCUGAAAGUUAUACGGAGCGACAGUUUAGAUGAAGCUGCAGAAUGGAAGAGACUGCAACAAAUUACAAGAGUAGACAGAAACCUGCCAGGCUCAAUAUAUGAGAAAAGAACCACGGCAUCCCGGGGAAGCAGCAAGCAUUUAUUUUUGAACCUGCCUGUAAAUGAAAAUCCUGAUAUUUCUCAGACAAGUAAUAAUCUUAAACUGGAAGAGAAAAGGCUGAAUUCACCCUCGUUAGUAGCAGUGAGUAAUGUUUUUAGUAAUUCAUAUCCGCUAUCUAAUACAAACAAACAAAUGUCACCUAUUCCUUCUCCGUUAUCUUCGAGACUGCCUAGCCCGCAGCUGCAUCACCGGAUUCUCCCAUUACCAACACAGAACACCGAGGACGAAUCUAUGUUCACUGACUAUGGCAGUGGGAGGCAUGGUGCUAUAAACUUCUCUUUCAGUGAUUUGGAGCCACAGUUUUAUCUGAAGUUUUCUGAACCUGGAGAACUGGGAUUUGCCACCAGACAAACAGGCCUACAUCAGAAUGCAACUACAGGGCAUUUUGAAAAGCGCGCUGUACAAGAAAAAUUAACUACUCAGACACAGCAGAAUUUCUGUCCAGGGCGCUCACCCGAGUUCGCUCUGGCUGGCUGGGAACUGGGGACUCUGCACAGGCUCCGGGUGCUGGCACUGGAAGCUUCAGAUUCGUUACUUCAGGUUUCCAUUUGA